UGUGUGUCGUCAUUGUGUACUCUGUAGUCAGCCAUCUGUUUUCAUGGCCUGUCAUGGAAGAUAUUCGGUCAUGGUGGGAAGUGCCUAGUAUCGCACACUUUUGCUCGCUAUUUCGCACUGCUUUUGGCCUCACUGACUUUGAGAUCGAGGACUUAGAAGACGCUCUACUGCUGGAUGGUUCUAAGGAGGACUCCUAUAACAGAUUCCUUGCCGACCUACACGCUAGUUUAUUGAAGGGUUUGUUCACUGGAAAUAAAGACAUCAACGCUGAUAACUUCGAACCAUACCUAUCGGAAGUGCUGAAAAUACGCUGGCAAGAUGAGCUGGGCAAGCCAAACCCAUUGAGUGAGAGUCCUUACAGCCAACUUACAACCCAGCAAAAAGUUGAAAUUCUCCACGACUUGUGUGACUUCCGCCUUGACGUCGGCGACGUUCCAGACUUGUUAAAAGGGCUAGACGCAGACAGUUUGCGAGUGGAGCCCCUUGGCACAGACGCCAGUGGAAACGUUUACUGGUACUUCUACGGUACCCGGUUAUACAAAGAGACUCCAGAAGUUAGCCAGGAAGCGAAAGAUAAGGAACUGAAAAAAGAAAAGAAGAAGAAGAAAUUGGAAGCAAAAAAGAAAAGGAAACAGAAAAAAAAGCAGAAAGGGAAAAAGAAGAAGAGGGUAUCUUCAUCAUCAGAGUCUGAAUCUGAUUUUAUUACUAGCUCAAGCAGCGAGGAGUCCAGUGAAGAAGACACCGAGGAGGAAAACUCAGAAAAAAAAGGCCCCCAGUGGAUGCUAGUGUGCUCAACUGCUACUGAGUGGGAAGAACUAGCAGAGUCUUUCAAGAAAAGCAAGAAUCGAGACGAAAAAAUGCUCUACCAAACGCUCUCUGAAGACUUUGUCCCGGAAAUCACGAAGAUGAUUGAUACAAAGGAAAAGGCUUUGCAAAAGAAGCUGCUUCUUGAAAUGGCCCCACGGCGAGCAUCUGAACGCAUUGCACUUAAGUCAAGUCUCAGAGAUGAGGAGGAUAGAGAAGAUGACGAAGAGGAACAACUGGACAAGGAAAGGGCAGCGGAGAGCAAGAAACAAGAAGAUGAGGAGAAGGAGAAAGAAAAACAGCUUGUUGCAGAGAAACGGCAAAAAGAACGUGCAGAGCGAGCUCGCCUACGAGAAGAGAGGCAGUGGAUGAUAGCUAAUGGGGAGCUCUCUGAAUUCAAUACUAACUCCAAUGCAUCAAGUGAUGACAACAAUGAUGAAAACAGCAAAGACAGAGAAGAUCUCGAGAAGCGGGAGCGUAAACCGCUGCCUCCUAGCUGUGAGGAGGACCGAGAUGAAGAUUUGUACACUGGAAUGUAUAAAGUUCUUGAUUACCUAAAAAAGCACAACAAUGCCUGGCCUUUCCUCGAGCCAGUGGAUGAGUCUUAUGCCCCACAAUAUCAUGAGAUCAUUGAGAACCCAAUGGAUUUGUCGACCAUUGAGGAAAAGUUAGACACAAGCAAGUAUGCUACCCUGGAUGAGUUCCAGAGUGAUAUGAAACUUAUGUUUGAGAACUGCCUUGAGUAUAAUGGACCAGACAGCAUGUACACCAAGAUGGGAAACACUCUAGAGGCUGCCUUCAAUCGUCAAAUCAAGAAACAUUUUCCUGAAGACCAGGAAAACAGUGAUGAAGACUUUGAAGAAGAACUUCGCAAGACCCGGCGAAAAGAAAUGCAAAAGUUACAAAAGAAAAAGGGGUACUCAGUUGAUGAUUUUUUACCAGAGCCUGCCAUGGAUAGAAAAAUGGGAGGUCCUUCCAUGAUGCAGGCUGGUGCAGGGAACAUGCCGUACCAGUUCCCAAAUAACAUGCCUAUGAAUCAAAUGGGUGGUAACCCCAUGAUGGGCGCAGGGCGACCCCCGCCAAACUUCUCAUCGUUCCCUCCGGGAGGGUUUGGGCCUGAUGGAAGGCCAAUGUAUCCACCUGAGUUCUACCAAAACAUGUACAAUGCAAUUGCACGAUAUGGAGUGCCUCCACAACAAUUUAACCAAUACCCUCCUGGCUACACCCCUCCCCACUUGACUAGAGCUCCCAUGGGAGGUCCACAGGGAAUAGGGUAUCCACAAGGAGUGCAGGGACGUAUGCCUUACCCACGCCCACCGGGUGAUGGAGUUGCCGGCCCAGCGCAAGGAAUGCAGCGCAUGCCUGGGCCCAUGCCUAUGAGUGGUCAUCUUGGUCCCCAGGGUCCUCCUGUGGUUUACCAAAAAGGUCCCACUGGUCAACCACCUGUUGCCACAUCAGGGGCUCAAAUGGCUGGGCCUGAAGCGUCCCUAAAUGUACCUUCAAGUCAAUCAUCACAACGUCUUCCACAGGGCAUGGAAGGGGCUGUACGCCCUCAAAUGGGAUCCCCAUCCUACCCUGGACAGUUUGGGCCACAGGGAGGAGUACCACCUAGGCUCCAGGGUCCCAUGGGGAUGAAAGUUGGUGUAGGUUCCACAGAGGGUGGCAUGCAACAGAUGAUGGGGUACCCUCCCAGGCUGCAGAGAGCACCAAGCGGUGACCAAAUGCAGCGACCUGGACAACAUCUACCUGCCGGAUUCAUUUCCCGCUUUCAGAAUCCUGGCCAGGCAAGCCCACCUGGUAAACCCCCUGGUGACCAAAGUGAAGCAGCCAGAACUCCAGAUAGCAAUCAUUCUAUGUCGCCUGGACAGCGCACAGUGCCUGUGUCAACAUCUGGUGAGCCAACACCCUCAUCCAUGACCACAGAGAAAGACAAACGUGAGUCCGAGCAAGCUGAGAUGCCUCCUAGAAGCCAAGUGUUGAACCAGGGCUUCCCUCCGCAACAGUACUACAACAGGAUGAUGGGACCUGGUCCUCAGCAAAGCCCCUAUCCACAAGGCAUGCCACGGGGACCCGCCCCAUGGUCCCAGGGUAGAGCAACCAGCGUCAUUAUGAGCCCCUCCACUCACACCGGAGUUGAUAAACCAGAGCCUGGAAUGGACCAACCUUCAAAAAACUCGGACGAGACUAAAGGAUCGCCACACCUACAGGAGCAAGAUAACCAAGAUGGCGCACAGAACGGCCAUAAAGAAGGAGAUCAACCCGCUGACCCAGCCAGCAAGGAGGCUCAAGAUGCUCAGAAAAAGGGUGUAGGAAUGUCAAUACGCUCAAUCCUUGGCUCACCAGCAAGUUCAUGCUCAGAUUCUGAACGCCCCUCCGAAACCAAGCCUGCUGUUGUUACAGCUCCAAGACGUUCGCCGCCUCCUUUAGUCUCUGAUCCCAAGCCAAGAGAUGGUGUGUCUAAUCCGGAUAGCAGAAGAUCCUCCCCUGCUCUGGACCAAGCUGCACGGCCACCCUCACAACCUCAGGAACGGCCAACUUCAUUCAAGAGCUGGCCACCCCCACAGCUUGCCCCAGGGGGUGGUGCACAGCCCAAGAGUUUCCUGGAAGAGCUGUUUAAUGGUGCUCCACCUGGAGGAAAAGAGCCUGUGGGUCCAGAGGAUGAUAAACCAGCUGAGCAGAGGAUGUCAUUCACCUCCUUACUAAAGGAGAUGGCUCCAAACAGGGAAAGUCCCAAGAAGGGAUCAUUUGUGGAUCUGGACAUGACCACAGAACGAGGCCCAGAGCGUGGAAUGCCACCAGGAAUGAUGUCCAGAAACUUUAUGCGAACACCUGAGGAGGCACAGCGGUACUCACACAUGACACAACAGAUGGGCCCCUACACCAUGUACCAGGGCAAGAGGACCGCCGAAGGGAUCCCACCACUUCAGUACCACCCUUCGGCCGCCCCUAGUAUGGCACAGAUGAGUCGUCAGCAUGCAUAUGAACUUGCAGCUGCACAGAGUCGAUCUCCCAAGGGUCAGUUCAUGGACCUGGAUAGCAGGAAGUUCCUGGAACAGCCUGGGUUCACGCCCACCUCUCAUGAAGCUUAUAGUAGAGAGCACCUGUACCUGUUGCAGGAGCAGCAGCGUCGCCAGCAGGUAGCGGCAUCUUCCCGCAAUUCCAUCAUGCCAGGUGGACAGGGUAUGCCUCCCCACAUGAUGGGUUACCCUGGAAACGUGAUGUUACGUCAACAGCAGAUGCUGGAUGCCAUGUAUGGUGCACGUGUGCGUAAUGGGGAUGCACCCGGAGCACCCCCUUCAGAAUCACUGCCAUCAAAGGUCGCAAGAUUUAGUUAGCAGUAUACCCAUCAAUAUUUUUUUUGAAAAAUGCAUAAAGCUGCAAAAUAGAUUACAAUGCCAACUCAAAGCUAUAGUCGGAACAUGUGUUGAACUGUCUUCACCUAUUUGAAUAUACACCAAUUUCAAUAAAGGUUGUCAGUGCAAAUGGCGAUUGGCAAAUGGCAGUUCUAUGACCGAAAGUAACCAUGCGCCUCGAAAAAUAUGGAUAAAUCAAAACAAUUCUCCAUUAAUGGUUACCACUACUUGGCUCUGGCAUUGCUGGACUUUUAACACCUUUAAUUUUACUGAUAAAUUAGUACCCAUAAGCCAUUUACCAUUUGACAUUCGCCAUUUGCACUGGCAACCUUUUGUAAAAUAGGUGUAUUCAUGUGCCUUGUUCUACAUCAAUCUGUUUCAGUGUCUAGUUUAUUUUUUGUUUGUUUGUGUGUGUGUUGUAUAAAUUUUUUUUGCUGGAUAAAUAAUGAUUUGUUGGAAUGGAAUUAACAUGUACAAAACAGUGGCGACAAUCACUACCUGAUUUUGUGGCUCUAAUGUCACGCAAUUCUCUUCAAAUCUUAGCUUCUUAGAGAAAAAUAUUUGUUGAUCAACUUUCGCAUCGUGUUAUAUAAUACUUCUGCUGGUCUUUUCUAUGUACUGUAACUGAGAAAUUAUUUGAUAAUGAGAUCCUUUUUGAUAUUUAUUUUCUACCUUUAUAUACAUAUAUUUAUACUUUCCAUUCCAGAGCUGAUUGUAAAGUAGUCCAGAAUUCUAAAAGUUUAUAGGUAAACAAUCUUCAGAAAGCAUCCUCAGGGGCUAUACGAUAUAUUAACUAUGUUUCACAGAAUUUGUCUUUAAUAAUAAAACGAACUCUAUAUCAUUAGAGAUUAA